AUGAUGGCUCUAGCCGCCGAGGACGUGACGUGCGCCGUGUGCCUCGAGCCGUUCGCGUCGCCCGUCUCGCUCUACUGCGGCCACAGCUUUGACCGCGAAUGCUUGCUCGAGCUCGUGGGCAGCCCCUGCCCCAUCUGUCGCCAGUCGCUGGUCCUCGCCAACGUUGCGCUCCAGCCUAAGAACGCACUGAUCCGGCAGGCCGUGCGAGCCUUCUUCGCUGCGAAUACAAUGGGUCGCGUGCUCGUCCAGGCGCGCGAAGACGACCAUGAAGAACGCCGCGUCGCGCGUCUCGCAGCGGCGAAACCGGUCGUUCGCAGCACGAGCAGCGGUCGCCGGUCGCCGACGCCGGACGUCAGCGUGAGCUGGGGCAGCGUCGUCUUUUUCCAAGCGCUUUCCUUUCCGUGGGACGCUGUCUUUGGGCCCGCGGGUCUCCAAGACGAAGACGAGACGCCCGAGUCGUGCGCGCUGAGCUGGUCGAUUGUAUUUAUGUUUGUGUGCUGCUUUCUUCUAUCCCAGAUGGUGACGUACAUGCUUGAUAUUUAAGAGAAGAGAAAAGUAUCAAUUCCACAACGCA